CAGGUGAUGUUAUUGAAGUACUUGAGAGAGGAGAUGGGCCUAAUGAUUGGUGGGUGGGUAGAUUACAUGGUGCUGCAUUAAGUCAGGAUUCAUGCCACCUAUCACCGGCUAAACCAAAUAAACUUAUUGGAUAUUAUCCCGCUUAUAAACUUAAUUUAACACCGGGGGUAGAUUUUACUAUUAGUCCAUCAAUUGAUUACUUAAACUUUAUUGCAUUUGGCCAAAAUGACCUUGUUAAUAAUAGCAGAAAUGGUGGUAACCCGUCAUCUAUAUUUAGCAGACAAGCUUCCAAAUUUAAUGAAUUGUUAAAUUAUAAGUCAAAAAAUAAUCUACAAUUUAAGAUGAUUCUAUCAGUCCCACUACCUUCUAAUAGGAAUAAUUUAAUUAGUUUCUUUAAUGCUAAUCCAAGGAAUUUGGAAUAUGAUUCGAAUAACAAUCAAAAUUCGAGAUUCGUUAGUGACUUAAUUAGUAUUGUUACUGCUAAUGGUUUUGACGGAAUUGAUAUUGAUUAUCCUUAUAAACUUCCAUGCAGUAAUCAAUUGGAAUUUAGUUCUGUUUUUUCAAAUUUCCUAAAUGCAAUAUCAACGCAAUUAGGUGGUAAGAAUUUAACGAUUACAGCAGGCCAAUAUCCUAUAAAUAUGACCUAUGAUAUCAUUGAUUUUGUAAAUAUUCAGGCAUUUCGUUUAAAUAUAAAUGACACAACUACAAGUGCUGGAAUAAACAAAAUUUCACAAAUUUUGAGUUCUUGGAAUAGUUUUGUAAAUUAUUCAAAACUCGUGUUAGGCGUUGAAUUCGGUGGCAUUGUUGAAGUUGUUUCUGAUGAUAGUAAUAGUAUUAAAUCGGACAUUGAGAAUCAAAAACUUCGACCAGUGAAUGACCCAAAUUUUAAUUUCCCUUUUGCUAAUGAACAGAUCCCAGAUCUGUGUAAAUCAUCAUCAUAUGCAUAUUUGUCAUGGGAAAAUUUAAGUAGUUUAUUAUCACCAUCAUCUUGUCCUACAAAUUUAAGUUCAUCUUCACCAUGGAUUUACGGCUUUGUUAAUAAUUAUCAAUCGUUAAAUGCAAAACUCGACUAUAUAAAAAAUAAUAAUUUAUUCGGAAUUGCGAUUGCAGACAUCACCAAAGAUUCGAAAAACUUACAAUUGACGAACUUUAUUUUGGGAAUUCCACCAAGUCCAUCUGGAAAAAGUGGAACUACAGGUAUCUCUUCACCUUCGCCCGCAUCCACAUCAUCUCCGCCCAAUACAGGUGCAAUAGUGGGUGGUAUAUUAGGCUCCAUUAUUUUUGUUAGCGCAUCGGCAGCUGUUGGCAUCAUAUUGUAUCGAAGAAGACACAUACCAGGAAAAGUUGUAACGACUGUCAUAGCAAUGUUUGAUUAUGUGGGAAAAGAGGCAAAUGAUUUAAGUUUUAAAGCAGGUGAUGUUAUUGAAGUACUUGAGAGAGGAGAUGGGCCUAAUGAUUGGUGGGUGGGUAGAUUACGUGGCGCCGUAGGUGAAUUUCCUGAUAAUGAGCAGGCUCAUACAGAGCAUGCUGAAACAAAAAUUGAAAUAAAUGUAUGUAAUAGCAUACAAGCUAAUAAACAAACUGCUGAAAUCACUGUACAAGUUAGCAAUGAAACUCAUGAGAUUGGUAUUCAAGUAUCUGAUGAUAUGUUAUUUACUCUUGAAGCUCGCAUUAAUCUACUUCAAUUACAAUUAAAUUUGAGAAUAAGUGAGGUGGAAGACCUUAAAAAACAAUUCGAAUAUGCUUCCCAUAACUAUUAUAAUUAUAAGAAUACACCUUAUCCUAAAGCCAAAAUUGAAGAAAGUCUUUACAA